GUUAGAAGUUUGCGACGAUCGUAUACGUUUGAGCUCAAUAUGGAUUUUAAUGCUUUUUCAAUGUUUCUCGGAAGACGAAUGCAUGUUUAUCCAUUGUUUGACUCCAAGGAACCUGCAGUUAGAGAACUCCAGGACUAUUGCAGACAAUUAAUGCUUCCGUACCCUUUCUUCUAUAUACACACCGAUCCAAUCAAGGUGCCUUUCAAGUACUUUGUGAAGUGCAUGGUAGGCACAAUUUCCAGCCCAAUUUACUAUUAUCAUGAUCAGGAUAUGGCAGUUCGAAAAUCAGCUAUUUAUGUUUUGCGGACACUGAAAGAGGAUAACUUUAACAAUUCUCAAAUAUCUAAUGGUUCUAAGCACAGUAAAUAAAGAGUAAACUCCACGUAAGCAAUAUAAUAACGGAAAAUAAAAAAAAUGUUUGAAGGUGAAAAAAAUUGUUUAGUUUAGUUUAUUGCCUAUAUAUCAUUGGUUUUGUUUGUUUCGAUAUAAGUAUUUUGUAA